AUGUCCACCUCGCCCACCCCCGCCGAAGACCAGGGCCGGCUUCUUGAAGAGGCCUUGGGAGUGGUGCGACAGCAGUCGCAUAUGAUGCGGAAAUGCCUUGAAACGCCUGGCAAGCUCAUGGAUGCUCUAAAAUGCGCUUCUACCUUUGUGUCGGAGCUGCGGACAUCGAGCCUGGGUCCCAAGCAAUACUAUGAAUUAUACAUGGCCGUCUUUGAUGCGUUGCGGCAUCUUUCCGUUUAUCUGCGCGAGAGCCACCCGGUCAAUCAUCUCGCAGACCUGUACGAACUGGUCCAGUAUGCAGGAAAUAUUAUCCCCCGAUUGUACCUUAUGAUUACCGUGGGGACCGUUUAUAUGUCGAUCGAAGAUGCCCCCGUGAAGGAGAUUAUGAAGGAUAUGAUGGAGAUGAGUCGCGGUGUCCAACAUCCCGUUCGUGGAUUGUUCUUGAGAUACUACCUAUCUGGCCAAGCAAGGGAUCAUCUGCCCGAAGGCACAGGUGACGGGCCCCAGGGAAAUAUUCAAGACUCAAUUAGCUUCAUCUUGACCAACUUCGUGGAAAUGAAUAAGCUGUGGGUUCGGUUACAACACCAAGGCCAUUCUCGGGAACGUGAGAGGAGAACUCAGGAACGCAGAGAACUGGAACUGCUAGUGGGGAGCAACAUUGUUCGAUUGAGUCAGUUGGUUGACUUGGAAACGUACAAAAGUACCAUCUUGCCGCCUUUGCUAGAGCAGGUUGUCCAAUGUCGGGAUGUUUUGGCCCAGGAAUAUCUACUCGAAGUCAUUGGUCUUAUGGACCGACUGUCCUCAUAUGCUGUAAGAGAUGCGGAUCAAGCCGAUGAUCCGUCAAAGAAAAAGGAACAGGAAGAAGAAGCGGUUGCAAAGCUGUUGGAGAACUUCAAACUGGCCGAGGACAAGAAGGCUGAAAAGGCUAGCGCUGAGCAGACUGAAGAGAAUGGUGCUACACCUGAGGAGUCGACAGCGGCUCCAGAAAACGCCACCAAAGAACCAGAAGAGCAAGGGACAAAGGGAACCAAAGGUCCGACCGAAACUAAGCUCUACGAAACUUUCUACGAACAAGUCGUCAAUCUCAUCAAAAGUAGAGGAUUACCUAUUCAAGAUACGAUCGCCUUACUGGUGUCUCUGGCUAAUCUUGCCCUUAAUAUCUACCCAGAAAGACUCGAAUAUGUAGACCAAGUUCUGGAUUACGCAACACAGAAGACAGCAGAGCAUGCAGACCAGGCUGAUCUGCACUCUGCACCAGCCCAGCAAAGUCUUUUGAAUCUACUUCUCGCUCCAGUCCGGCUAUAUGCAUCCAUAUUUACGGCCCUUGCAUUGCCUCAUUAUAUACCUCUCCUCGCCUCCCAAUCUUAUCCAACUAGGAGGGCUGUUGCAACACAAGUAAUCAAGAAUAUUCUCGUUAACAAGACCGCUAUCACGAACUCUGAGAACUUGGACAGGGCUCUUCAAGUUCUCAAAGUUCUAAUCAAGGAAGGGGCUCCUCAUCCUGCUGGCUACCCGGGCGUUCACCCUCAGCGACGUGGUGAGACGGAUGAAACGAUUGAGGAGCAGGGAUGGCUGGCAAGGCUGGUGCAUCUCAUUAAGGGGCCUGAUAAUGACACACAGCUUAAACUUUUGCAAGCGGCCAGGACUGCGUAUGCCGAAGGGAACGAGCGGGUCAGAUUUACAACCCCGGCGAUUAUUACAGCGUCGUUGCGUUUGGCCCGAAAGCUCAAAUCUCGAGAACAUUAUGACGAUAACUGGCAGUCUCAGUCAUCAACGUUACACCGCUUCAUGCACCAGUGUAUUAGCAAUCUAUACCAGCGGGUUAACAGUCCUGGAUGCGCCGACUUGUCGCUACGCCUGUUUGUAAUGUGUGGUGAGGUCGCUGAUCAGACUAGUUUUGAAGAAGUGAGCUAUGAAUUUUUCGCACAGGCAUUUACAAUCUACGAAGAUGCCAUAAGCGAUUCUCGCGCACAAUUUCAAGCUGUCUGCAUCAUUGCCAGCGCUCUUCACAACAGCAGAGGCUUCUCGAAGGAAAACUACGAUACUCUCAUCACUAAAGUGGCCUUGCAUGGCAGUAAGCUACUGAAAAAGCCAGACCAGUGUCGGGCGGUCUGCUUAGCCAGUCAUCUGUGGUGGGUGGUGGAGAAUUCGCAAAGGGAAGAAGAUCCAAAAGACUUGUACCGCGAUGGAAAACGCGUCCUUGAAUGUCUUCAACGUGCUCUCCGCGUUGCAGAUGCUUGCAUGGAUACUGCUGUCUCGGUGGAACUCUUCGUUGAGAUUCUUAAUCGAUACGUCUACUACUUUGAUCAACAAAACGAAACUGUGACGACCAAGUACUUGAAUGGAUUGAUUGAGUUGAUACAUUCUAACCUGCAGACAAACGAUGGCGAAGCCAAUCCCAGUCUUGAAAACCCGAAACGUCACUUCCAACGAACACUGGAUUAUAUACGGUCGCGGGAUUAUGAGGGCGUUGUCACGGAGGCUAGGCACCCUCAACUAUCCCAGCAAACUUCAGACGAUGCAUACAACUGUUAUGCUCUCCUCCGAACGGGCGGCAGUCCAGGGGUGAUGUAUGUGGAGGGUCAUCAGGAGCAGGAUGUUGCUGCUUGGGUCAACACCGUGCAGAGACUGCGAUACAAAGAUUAUCAACUGGUCGCGCGGCCUGACCAGCUAGAGAGAAUUACUGAGAAGGGCGCAGAAAGGAAACAAUUAGCGUCCGAUCCUGGACUACGCGAAGUCGACUCGAUCAAGGAGUUUGGCUCGAUUAUGAAAGAUCGUGGAGUCUGGGAGUGGUGGAGGAAAGGCAUGGGAUACCUGCCACGGUGA